GUGGAUGUGCUUUGUGACAGCUCACUCAUAGGGGGAUUUAUUGAAGAAUCAAAUCGUCAAGAUGCCCUCAGGAAAGACUAUCAAACUCAUCCUUUAUGAGGUUCUGCAGUUCGCGUGUCUCUGCAUUCCUGUGUUUGUAGUUAUGGAGCGCUUUGCUUCUCUCAUUUGGUCUUUAAAGUCUAGUGCAACAGCCUACUGGCUAGUGGUGGCUGCCUCUGUGGCCUAUGUGGCGUCUGUUACCCUGUUUGUUUGGGUGCCUUUGAAGUACUUCACACUCAAGACACGCAGAUUCUCAGAAGUAACCAACUGGAGACCUGUUACUCUUGCACAUGUGAUGCUCAGCACCUUACCAUGCUUUGCUAUCAUCAUAGCCAGCUCAAAGGUUCAGGUUGAUGCUGGGGUUUAUUAUGACUGCUUCACUGAGCUCCCUGUCUCACUGGUCUUAUUUUCCCUCAUUUGUUUGGACAUAGUGGAGAGAAUUCGCCCUCUUCGUCUGACAGGACAGGCAAAUGGAUUAGAGUCAGACUUUGACAUGUCGGGCCCAGUGCUGACUCACUUGGAUCAGGUGACAUCAGUGUCUGCACAGCUUCAGGCUAAUGGAAGGGACAGUGACACAUCUCUGAGGUCACCGGUCAGGAAAGGGUCACUAUCGAGUCACUGGGGAGAUGCAGAAUUGCGCAGCACUUCUCGGAUCAGCAGCACAGCCUAUCUUUAUUCCUCCCACUCUCACUCUGGUCCUCUUCACUUUGUCUGGAUACGAGACCCUCGCCAUGACCUACUUGUGGCCAGCUUCAUGUUCUGGUUUGACACUGUGGAAAUGGUGAGGGUGACCGGGACUGUUUCCAUCUAUUACUCAGGGUGGGUCUUCCCCAUAUACAUACUGUCUUAUAUGUCCAUUCUGAGUGUGGUGAUAACCCCCGACAGUCCGUUGCUGGCAUCAUUAAGUGUUUUGUCCCAAGAUUUGCCAUUUCUUGUUGUGCGCAUUUGCCUGGUAGUGAAUUUCGGUUACAUUACUCCCCUGCUGUACAUACUAAAGAACUUUCUUAUGACUGUAUCAUUUGUGUACUUCAUUUUUAUGACUAAACUAAAGCUGCUAAACAGAGGAAGCAUGUUCUGAGGACAUUGUGGAUAAAAAUGUUUUCAGGGGUAUAAUUUUGAUAAUGUCCUGUAUUUUAAUCUGUAAAUAUGUUUUACUACCAGAAUGAAUAUGUGUAUUAGUUGAUUUAUAUUUUACAGAUGUAUCUGUUUGUUAUUGUCUCCAGGUUAAGGUUCUGUCAUUCUGUAAGUAUUUAUUGAAAAAAUAUAUUGGUAAAUGCUGUUUGUACUCAUACUGUAUUAUGACUUUAUUGCAUGUUUUAAGGCUUCUUUUUUAUAUAUUCUUAUACAUAUAAAUUCUGACUUAUAUGUAUUAUAUACUGUAUACUGUAUGUUUCAUACAUUCCCACUGAUUGAAAAACAAUAGUCACUGAAAUCAUUUAACAUAAAUUCAUCAUGCCAUGUUCACAACAAAUUUUUGGAAUAUAAGAUUUUAUUUUGAACAUCAGAUAUCAGCUUAUUGCAUAUGCACUUGUAAUUAUUAAAAUAUUUAUUGUUGGAUUUUAUUCCAGUAUGUGAGAGCAGCACAUACAAGGCUUAUAUUGACUAAUAAUGCUAAUUCUUCUGACCUGUCUCAUGAAAAACUGAUUGCUUUUUUCGUAAAAUGCUUGACCAUUAAUACUUUGAUUCUAUACCCAUAUCAUACUACAAAUAGAAGCUUUUGAAAAAUCCUCUUGCAUCUCAUAAAUGAAACCUCAUAUUCCUCAUAUAUUUUUUUUUCAGCUGUCCAUAAUACAUGGGCACACUUACAAUUUGUUCUUGUGAGACUGCUGUUGCCAGACACUCUUUGCCAUGUUGUGGAUUAAUAACCUCAGGGGGCUUUGACAGUCAGUGUGUGGUGUGACAGAGCUCAUUCAGAUACAGUUAUCUGAUAUACUGAUUUAGUCCUACAUUCACUCCUUAAACAGAUCCAGGGGGGA